UGCCCCAUCAUAGGUGUCAGUGGUGGGAGGAAUAGUGCCCCAUCAUUGGUGUCAGUGGGGGGAGGAAUACUGCCCCAUCCUUGGUGUCAGUGGGGGGAGGAACACUGCCCCAUCCUUGGUGUCAGUGGGGGGAGGAAUUGUGCCCCAUCCUUGGUGUCAGUGGGGGGGAGGAAU